AUGGCCUCUGAUGGUCCUGCCGACCCGUGGUCGGCACCUGACGGCGACCCUUGGAACACCAGUGCGUGGACCGGUGGAGGGGCUCACAGCGUGCGCCCUGGUGAUGUGAAUGAGCCCAAUGCAGAAGCGAGUGUGCAAGAGCAGACCGAAGCUGGACCUCAGUCUAGUGGGAACCAAGAGCCCGGGGGUGGCGCCGACGCGCCUGCAGUGGACUCUUGGCGUGGGUCAGACUGGGCCCAGCGACGUGGUGACAAUAGCAGCGAUGGGAGUUCUGGUGAUGCGACUACUACGGCCGAUCGCCGGGGCUCCGACGGAUCUUGGAGGUCUUGGACUACGUGGCAGUCCUGGCCCCAGCAGUGGCACGGAGGAUGGUGGGGAGACCAAUGGGGCAACGACCGUGGCGGAUGGUAUCGUCACCAGUGGGGCGACGGCGGCCCUACUUCGUGGCCUACCAGUACCCCCGGGACCGCCCCAACGAGCUUCGCGACUGAUCCGUCUUCUACGACAUGGAACUCUGGUGGCCCCGGGACUACAAGUACCCCCGGGACCCCCCCUACGGCAACUGCGCCUCUUCCUUCUUCUACCCGUUCCGGGAGUUUGUCUACGGCGACUGAGAGAGCUGCGGGAGAACUCGCAGUGCAGAGCGGCAUGAAGGGCCCUAGCGAGAAGCUGCUGAUUCCCUCUUUCAGCGGGGACUGCGAGGGUGGCAACGAACUGGGGACGUCGGCUCGGAGCUACCUUCGGCAAAUAGCCGCGUGGGAGAAGAUGACGAAGCUUUCCGCGGGGCAGAGAGCUUUGGUUCUGUACCAGAACUUGCAAGGCUCAGCAUGGGUGAAUGCGGAGUCCUUGUGUGUGGAGGACUUGGCGAGCGACUCUGGCGUGACUUAUCUCAAAGAUUGGAUUCGGCAACACUACUUGGAUGUCGAGGUGACUCAGGUGGGUCGCUCAUUGAGCGACCUCUUCCGAAAGUUGCGUCGGAAGCCGACGCAAACUUUCCGCGACUACACGGCGGAGUUCAACCGCCUGCUGGCCAGAGUCACAGAAUGUGGCUGCACCCUCCCAGAUGUGGCGAAUGCUUGGCUCUUCGUGGAUCGGGCCAACCUCGACGAGACCACUGAGGUAUCUCUUCUCGCCUCAGUGGGAAACAAGUACGCCCUUCGAGAACUACAGCAAGCUGCAAUAGUGCUCGACAGGUCUAUCCGCAAACCAUGGGAGAAGGGGACUCGUGGAGAUGCUCCAGGUGCCCGGCGCUUUAAUUCCGUGAACCUCGCUGCCGACGGCGCCUUCGAUGAGGACGACGAGGGCGAGGAGGACGCGAUGCUCGAGGACCAGGUCGGGCAGGACACCGGCGAGCUCUACAUCUCCUACAUGACGGCUAAGGCUAAGUACAGAGAUGCUGCAAGGUCAAGGGGAGUCAUCGACAGUGGCUCCAAAGGCGGUGGAAAGAAGUUCGACACCCAAGCCGUGAAGAAGGCCGCCGAAGCUAAGAUCCUCCUGGCUAAGUCCAAAAGCCAUUGUGCUUCCUGUGGGAAGAAAGGGCACUGGCACCGCGACCCCGAGUGCCCCAACUACGAGGCCAACACCGCCGCCGCGAACAAGGCCCAGACCGUGCACGUGACCAACGAGAUCUACGAGCUCACCGCAUGCGGGGACAGCAGCGACUUGUACGCCAUUCUGGACUCAGCAUGCUCAAAGACCGUUGUGGGCACCGGAUGGCUUGAGCGGUACCUUAGCAGCAUCAAGGAAAAAGGGUUCAAGUGCGAGUUUGUGUAUGAGCGCGAGUGCUUCAAGUUCGGAGCGGCGAACCGCAUCUACGAGUCGACCUAUGCGGCGGUGAUCAUGAUGAAUGUGCUGGGGAAGUGGCUUGGUGUGAAAGCCGCCGUGAUACAUGGAGACCUACCACUUCUGAUGUCGCGACCAGCUCUCGGGCACCUCGGCCUGGUGCUCGACCUUGGGCUUGGCAAGGCCCACUUCCGGAAGCUCGGCGAAGGCGAGCUCACUUUACUCGAAACCUCGAGUGGGCACCCGGCCAUCUGCAUCGACUACGGCGAUCCUGACAAGCCUGAUGUUUCGCAACUUCCCAAAAGCUGGGAGCCGCACGGCAAGCACCUCCACCUGACCCUUUCGCUGCGCGGCAUGGACAGUGGCGCCCCUCCGAUCGCGGUAUGGAAGAUGACAAAGGUGCAGCUGCUGGCCGAAGCCAACCGCCGAGGUCUAGCUGUGAACUCGAAGUGGACGUGCCCGGAACUCCGGGCGGUCCUCACCGCCGACUCGGACUACCACCGCGGUCCGUCGGAAGUCCCCAAGGGCCUCAGCGCGAUGACGAUCGCGGAGCUUCGCGAGGAGGCAGACAAGCUGAAGAUCCCCCUCGGCACGAAGGAGACCAAGGGAAGCCUCAUGCUGAAGAUCAGGGACACGACGGCCCCCGACUCGACGGUGAUGACGAUAGGAAGGUUUCGCGGCAGCAGCUACAUGGACAUCCCCGAGAACUACGGAGCGUGGGCCUCGGAGGAAGAGCGGAAGAACGGGAGCAACAUGUCACCCGACCUGAAGCGGUUCGUCACUUGGCGCCGGCACCGGCGAGCCCAGGGGUCCAGGGCUUCUAUGCCGAGCCGCGGCUACAAGGACCCAGAGAUGGACGCGAUGGUGCCACCGCCCCCUCUGAGCGAGACCGGGUCUUCGGUGUGGGGCGUGGUCGAAGAUCCGAGCGGGUCACUGACGAACUGGCGACCGAUCCCGCCCUCGAGCUCAACAAGGGGAAUGCACGACUGGCGACCGGAGGCCCCGUCGAACUCCGUGACACCGUUCACCAAGGCGAAGGCGACCCGACGCGAAAGGUCGCCGGAGGAGAAGAUCCGCAUGGAGCAAGAGGUGGACCCCGAGACGAUGAAAGAGAUCCAGGCUCUGGAAGCGAAGCUGGCGGAGGCGUUCCUUUCUCGGCGGGUCCUUGCCAAGCUUGGUGAGGACAUCACCGGGGACGGCAACGAGUUGAUGCGUGUGUUCUACGAUGCGGAGUUUCCCCGCAUCAACGAGGUCCUCGCCGGGGAAGUCGCCGAUGACCAAGAGAUCGGCGAGGGUGAACCCGAUGGAGUACCGGGCGACGCCGAGCGAGACCUCGAGGGAGGAGGAGAGCGAGGGGCCAAAGCCAUCACCUUCCCUUCUUCUGUCCCGGGCAAGAUUGCAAGCAGCCUCCGCCGCCUCCACCAGAACUUGGGUCACCCUAGCACCAUCGACUUCUGCCGCCAUUUGCGUCUUGCAGGUGCCACCCGUGAAGUGUUAAAGGCCGCCAAGAGCUUGGACUGCGAAGUGUGUCGCAGAGCAAAGGCCCCUGCUAUCGCCAAGCCCGCCAAGGUGGCUCCAUGCCUGAGGUUUAACCAGAUGAUCGGCGCCGACAUCUUCUACGUUCACGACUCUGCCGGAGACCGCCACCAGCUCUUGUCCCUGGUAGACUUCUCUUCGUCCUACCACGUCGUGGUGAAGAUUGCCCGAAAGGAUACGGCCACCUUAGAGAAGGCGUACUGUGAGCAUUGGCUGAACGUGUUUGGGGCGCCGGAUGUGAUCGCCGUGGAUUUGGAGAACGGCCUCGAGAAGGCUCUAGCCCGAGUUGGAGAUUGGACCGGCACGCGGCUGCGCAAUGCCGCGGGACAGGCCCACUACCAGGCCGGAUACACGGAGCGGCAAGGUGGCAUAUGGAAAGCGAUCUUUGCCAAACUUUGCGACGAGCUCUCCGUCAGCAAGCCUGACAUCGAAGUGGCCAUUGGAGCCGUUUCCAACGCGAAGAACAAACUCGCUAAGGCCAGUGGAUAUAGCCCUGCUCAACACGUGUUCGGCUACACUGCGAACGACCCCGACGACCUCCUUAACGGGCCCCAUGCAGGAGAUCCCGGAGAUGAUCCCAUCAUCGACGACCGCCACGCCCGCGAAGUGUCCAUUCGACACUCCGCAAGGGCCGCCUACUACCACGUCCAGUCCGAUGAACGAGUACGUAGAGCCCUGGCAGGACGAAGCAGGGUGACUGCGAGGCCACCGGAAUGUGGAGAGCGAGUCUUCUACUACCGCAAGACCAAGAACAACAAGCGUGGAGUGUGGAUGGGGCCUGGCACCGUGAUCGGGUACGAAGGGGUGAACGCAUGGGUCACCCGUGGUGGGCGCUGCAUCUUGUGUUCACCAGAACACAUCAGACUUGCGACCCCCGAGGAGCUUGGCCAAGCCUUUAGCCUGCGAGCCGCCCGUGACGACUUGGACCGCCUUCUCAACCUCGACGAAGAGGAGCAGGCUUUCGAAGAGGAGGUGGAAGGCGGAGUUGGCUAUAUCGACCCAGGCGACGAGGAGAUGGAGGAGCCCGACCUUCAGAUGGCCGAAGUGGAGCACGGCGAGCCCGAUCCUCCUCUACAAGGGGUGCGACGCGGAGCGGACCUUCCAGGCCCAGUGGUGCUCAAGCGACAGCGACGAAAGGGGAGGCAAAGUGAUGCACAUGGCGUCCUGAUGAUGAAGCGGGCUCGCACAAAGCGGUCCCGAGAAAAGGCCCUCGAGAAGGAAAUCCCCUGGCAGCUCAUCCCGGAGGAAGUGCGCCCCAGGUUCCGCGCUGCCGAAGGAGUUCAGUGGGCCGAACAUGUCGACAACCAGGCGAUCGAGGUACUGAGUGUUGCCGAAAGUGAGCGAGUGAGGGCGACUGUACCAGCCGACCGCAUACUGAGCUCAAGGUUUGCCUAUAAAGACAAGCACAUGGGCCUUCGACGAGUGGACCCCACGGCUGAUUGGAAGCCAAAGUCACGCUUAGUAAUAGCUGGACACUUAGACCCAGACGCGGGCGACAGCAACAUCCACACGGACUCCCCGACUGUCGCCAGGUCCUCGUUGUUGACCGUGUUGCAGAUCUGCGCCACCAACGGAUGGACCGCGGCAGCCGGAGACGUGCAAGCAGCUUUUCUUCAGGGCGUGGAGCUCAAGAGAGAGUUGUGGAUCUCCCAACCCCGACAUGGCAUAGAAGGACUGGAUCCGCGCCAAAUCGCGCGGGUUUGCAAAGGAAUCUUCGGGCUGUCAGAGAGCCCAAGGAUGUGGUUCGACCGCCUGUUCGGGGUACUGACCAGCGAGGUGCUCAACUACGAGGGGAAGGAGUAUCGCCUCGAGCCCAGCCCGCUUGAUGCGUGCGUGCUCAUGAUGAAGGAGGUCGGAAAGGACACCGAGCCCAUCGCCCUGCUCACCAUCCACGUUGACGACAUCCUCAUCGGGGCUCCGACGGCCGUCAAUAGGUUCCUCCAAAAGGAGAUCAGUCGACUCUUUCCGGUCGACGACUGGAUCGAGGGAGCCUUCGAGUACACGGGAUCCUUCAUCAACGUUGACGACGAGGGCAUCACCGUGAAUCAGGCGAGCUUCGUCGAUGGAAGGCUCUUCACCGUGGAAGUGCCCAGGAACCAGGACGGGAAGUCGCCUGCCGAUGAAGAGCAGACGAUUGACAAUAGGUCUUUGUUGGGGGCACUUAGCUGGCUGAGCAGCCAGAGUCGCCCGGACUUGGCGUGUGGAGUGGCGAUGUCCCAGCAGCUCCAGCGCGCCCCUUCCACAGAGGACGUGCGCUUCGUGAACCGCCUCACCGCCAAGGCGAAGGAGCACCGUGAGCACGGAGUGUAUCUACGGAAAGUGGACGCCAACGAUGCGGUGUUCAUUGCCUACCACGACGCUGGAUGGGCCAACGCCGACCUCGAGGAGGACGAAAGUGACUUCCGCCUGACCCCGCAAGAGGUCUCCGACGGCACGAUUCGGGAGUUCUACGACGAGGAUAGACCCAGGCGCCCAAAGCGACCCGGGUCCAAAGUGGCGUCCCAGAUAGGACACCUUAUCAUGCUGUUUCCCUACAAGGUUCUCCACGGCGAGCACGCCCGCGGAAGCACCCUGGAGUGGCGAAGUCAAAGCUGCAAGCGAGUGUGCAGGUCGACCUUCGGGGCCGAGACUAUGGCUGCAGCUGAGGGGUUAGAAGGUGCUCAGUACAUGAGAGCACUUUUCGGCACGCUGCUCACUGGGCGCCUGAUGGGACACGCUGAAGCUCGACGACGGUGGCCCAUCGUCUGCUUAUCUGACUGCAAGUCCCUGUUUGAUUUUCUGCAUAAGGCAGGGGUGCCAAAGGUACCCACCGACCGUCGGUUAGCCAUAGAUUUGGCAGCUCUAAGACAAGAGCUGCGACUCGAGAAGUGGGGAGAUCGCUUGCCCUUCCAAUGGAUACCCACUACGAUCCAACUUGCAGACCCACUCACCAAGCCCAAACGGGUAGAAGGGUGGUGGGAGGCCUUAGCGAACGGGGUACAGUUACCGUUCAAGAAGGACCUUUUUCGAAGGGGCGAGGAGAGUUUUAACCAGUGUAAACGUGAAGAUUCCGCCGCUUGCAGGUUCGGCCACUGA